AUGGCAAAUUCAUGUGAUAGAAUCGUUUUAAUACCUUCCAACCUACCUGUUCGUUACAUCGUGUUCUUCAUAAGUGGUCCGAUAAACGCAUCGGAUUUCGAGUGUAUCCUUUGUAGUCAAUGUCUGUUAGAUCCCGUAACUACUACUUGUGGACACACGUUUUGUCGUAGUUGUUUGGCGCGAGUUUUGGAUCACGGUUUGUCCUGCCCUCUUUGCAUGGAUGUCCUCAGAGCGACAGAUUUGAACAGAAAAACGACGCAAGUACUAGUAAACGCACUGCAAGUUCUUCUUCCCGAAGUGUACAAAAAAUGUACAGCAGCUUCACGAACCGAAAUUAGUUUUUCGGAAGAAAAUAGUCAAGUUCCUGUAUUCGUCUGUACGAACGCUUUUCCAGGAGUGGCGUGUCCCCUUUUUGUCUACGAGCCACGAUACAGACUUCUAACUAGAAGAUGCUUACAAUCCAACAACAAAAAGUUUGCUAUGGCAGUGAACACUAAAAGUAACAGUAGUUGUGGCAAUGUGGAAAAGUUUGCUUCAUAUGGUACAAUUUUGGAAGUCCGGGAUGCAGUAUAUAUGUCAGACGGGACUUCAAUUUUGUCCACAGUAGGACUAGAAAGAUUUAGGGUAGUGAACAGAGGCGAAAAAGAUGGCUACGAUACGGCCGAAAUUCAAUACAUCCGCGACAUGACAAUACCAUCAGACAAAUUACAAGCAGUACUGUUGUUGCAUACACAUGUCAGAACGAAAGCUGUCUCGUGGUUGCAAUCGUUGAAUCCAAUAGUUUUUAAAGAAAUAGAAAGAUCGCUGGGCCCAAUGCCAGAAGUCGAAGAAAAUUGGACCCGAUUACCUGAUGGACCGAGAUGGAUCUGGUGGCUGGUGCCAAUUUUACCCCUCAGUUCACAGUUGCAGCUUGGAUUUCUCAGUAGCGUCAGCAUUGAAAAGCGUCUUCGUGCGGUAGAGAAACUUUUGGACCAUCUGACCGAUCGCAACCGAAUGGUAAUAAGUGACAGUGCAGUGAAAUGCGUGACAACGACCAUCACAACGCCUACGACAUCAACAACUACAACGACUGCUAAUCAUUCGUGUCAUUUUUUUGAAAGGGAGUCCCGAGAGAAUACGGCUAGCGCCAUUGAUGUCUUAUAAAUAAACGAACAAACAAGGGACACUUCUGUUAAUCAAUUUUAUUGAUAAUAAAGGAGGAAGAAAAUACGAAACGUUCAAGUUUACUACUAUUUAUGGAGGAAUUAAUUAGGUGAAAAAUAGCAUGUAAGCAAGAUGUUUUGUGAUAGGAAAAUCAACAUGCUACUGGUCAAUGAAUUCCGCUAGUUUUUUCAUUUUUAAGUCUCUUGCUUAACAUUUAUUUUAACAUGCGGUUAGAAUAUGUUAUGUAUAUUUAUUCAUUGUUUUCCUGCUGUUUAGGAUGAUCUUUAUUGGUUAUUUAUAUUUGUAACAGAAUAGAAUUUUGUAUAUUU